CAGAAAAUCAGUGUUGAUAAGCGACGGCAGAAGAUUGCACGUGGGGAACUUGUUGUUUCUCCCGCAUUUCAAAUAAUAAUCCGGAGAAAUGACUGCCGUGGAGCCAGGGACAAAGCGUAAGCGCAUCUCGAAAAAGAACAAGUCCGCGUGGCGCAAGACAGACAUCCAGGAUGUAGAGCAGUUCCUCGAAGACCAGCGCCAGGAGGAGCGUAUUGGAACAUUUGCGGACAAAAAGGAUGAAGAUCUCUUUGUGCAGGAUGCCACGCCGCAGAAAGCCAAGACCACGGUGCUGAGUGUGAAGCAGAAGAGGAAGCUGAACGCCCAGAAGCCGAUGCGGAGCCAUCAGGCAUUGGAGAACACAUCCAAGGUGCAGGAUCCCAUAGUAAAGCGCAAUCAUGUGAAGCAGAAGAAAAACGGUCGCAACAUCGAGCUGGAGGUGUGCAAUCCCACCAAACCGCGUCAUCGACAGGCCAACAGCGAUCGGGCGGUGUACUACACCAAGCUGGAGCAGCGUUUGGAGGCUAAGAAGAGCAAGAAAGUUGUGGCCGACAAGGACAUAUGGCAGGAGGUGGACUUCCGGGAUGCGAUACCGGGCUUAAAGGACAAAAAGGGUUGGAUCAGUCGGGAUUUGGCCCUUCACACAGCCGGAAAUAUUGGCAAGAAGGUGGUAAAGACGCAUGCCAGUCUGCAUCACAAGACCACCAGGGCCAAAAAAUUCGAGCUUCCACAUCCGGGCAUGAGCUACAAUCCCUCGCCCGAGGAUCAUCAGGCGCUCAUCGAGCAGGUGGUGGAGCGUGAGGAGGGCAUUAUCAAGAAGGAGCAGCAUUUGAAGCGUGUGACCACCAGCAUGUUUGCCAAGGUGACGCCCGAGGAGCGGGACAAGCGUCAUUUGCAAGAAAUGAGCCAGGGCAUCGAGGAUGAGGAGGAGCAGGAGAAUGCGGAAAAGGAUGACGAUGAUAAGCCCUAUCACACGAUCAAUGCUCCCGUGGAGAACAAGAAGAAGAGCAAGCAGGCACGCCGCAAUGAGCUCAAGCAGAAAGAGCUGCAGCGCCAGACGGAACUGAAGAGGAAGCUCAAGCAACAGACGGCUGAUCUGAUACGCAUCAAAUCGAUUCGCCACGAGCUGGACGACGAGGAGGAGGACCUUAAUGAUCUAAAGAAGCGCCGCAAGCAGCGCGCCGAGAAGGCCAAGUUCGAGCCGAAGCGUCUGGGGCGUCACAAGUUCGAGGAGCCCGAUGUGGAUGUCAAUCUGCCCGAGGAUAUAGCCGGUAAUCUGCGCAACGUCAAGACCGAGAGCAGCCUGCUGAAGGAUCGCUUCCAUCUGCUGCAGCGCAACAAUAUGCUGCCCACAACGAAGGCGGUUAGCCGAAAGAAGGCCAAGGUCAAGAAGUAUGUGCGAAAUUCGCACAAGGAGCCGGGUGUCAGCUAUCAGGAUCUGAAAGAGCGCCGCAAGGUGGCCGCCGCCGCCGCCAAGGUGGGCACAGCCACCAUCAAGAUAUAGUUUGGUUUAAGUGUUCUUU